AGAAAAAAAUGCAUGAUAGAUUCAUGAUAUGAACAUGAAUUAGUGUUUUUUCUACAUCUUUCUCUGCCUUAGAGACCUUGAAACCAUUGACCACUUCCGAGAAAGAGCUUCUCUAACAGAAUUUGUGCAUAGAAGUAUUUCUUACAUCAAACACAUUCUUCAAGACUGACUUUCACUGUUUUUAAGGAGCAAGACAUCCUCUGAUUCUCAAAUAACAUUGAUGGAGAACCAUACAGAAGUGACAGAGUUCAUCCUCCUCGGACUAACCGAUGCUCCAGAGCUACAAGCCCCCCUCCUUAUCAUGUUCACACUUGUAUACCUUGUCAAUGCGGUUGGAAACCUGGGGAUGAUCAUUUUGAUUCUUUGGGACUUUCAUCUCCACACUCCCAUGUACUUUUUCCUCAGUCACCUGUCUCUAGUGGACUUUUGUUACUCUUCAGCUGUCACUCCCACGGUCAUAGCUGGGCUCCUUAUAGUAGACAAGGUCAUCACCUACAAUGCAUGUGCUGCUCAAUUGUUCUUUUUUGCAGCCUUUGCCACUGUGGAAAAUUUCCUCUUGGCCUCUAUGGCCUAUGACCGCUAUGCUGCAGUAUGCAAACCCCUACACUACACCAUGACAAUGACAACAAGUGUGUGUGCCUGUCUGGUCAUAAUUUGUUAUGUCUGUGGUUUCUUGAAUGCCUCCAUACACAUUGGGGAAACGUUCAGUCUCUCUUUCUGUAUGUCAAAUGAAGUCCAUCACUUUUUCUGUGAUGUUCCAGCAGUCAUGGCUCUGUCUUGCUCUGACAGACAUGUGAAUGAGCUAGUUCUUGUUUAUGUAGCCAGCUUCAAUAUCUUUUCUGCCAUCCUAAUUAUCUUGAUCUCCUACCUAUUCAUAUUUGUCACCAUCCUAAAGAUGCACUCAGCUUCAGGAUACCAGAAGGCUUUGUCCACCUGUGCCUCCCACCUCACUGCAGUUGCCAUCUUCUAUGGAACUAUUAUCUUUAUGUACUUACAGCCCAGCUCCAGUCACUCCAUGGACACAGACAAAAUGGCAUCUGUGUUCUAUACAAUGGUCAUUCCCAUGCUGAACCCCCUGGUCUAUAGUCUGAGGAACAAGGAAGUAAAGAAAGCAUUCAAGAAAGUUGUUGAGAAGGCAAAAUUGCCUCUAUUAUUGUGAAUUUAACAUUGCAGGAUGCAUAAUACCUAGUUUCAUCCCUCUGUCCUGAAUUACAUUUUAAGGUUCACAUGAAGUUUCUGAAAUAAUAUCAUUUCUUCUUCCAAAGUCUGUUCUCUAGGAAAAAAUAAAUGCUUUGUCCAAAAAUAUAAUACCUAAAUGAGAAAGCUAAGGUGAAUAAUAAGAUACCUUAGGUUUUACUUGUCAAAACUUUAUAUAUUUGAUUUAUUCACUCAUUCUUCAUGCAUGUCUGCUACCAAAUACUACGAAAAACAUACAUGUAAAACAGGUGCAUAAAUGGGCCCAUGAACAUAUUUAUAUACGUGGGAACAUAUACACAGGACUGGGAAAUUUGCCAGAGGUAAAUUCAGUAUAGCUAAUUUUGAUACAAAUAAUUCAGGUAAUUAAUUGAGUUAUCUGAAUUUUAGUUCAUGUAUAAUAUUGUUUAGUUGAAUAAAUGUUUUAGAGUCCUAAUUUGAGAACAAAUGUGACUUAUUUUAAAUAAAAGUACAAUCAUUUCUCUG